AUGUGGAACAGACAUUUUGUCUUGUAUCUCCUGCUUUUGCCAGCUUUUAUGAGUCAAACAGCAUAUGGACAAAGAAAGAAAGGAUCAAAGUCCCAUUUACUUGCAAGGAAAAACCCCACUUGCUUCAUAGAUCUUGUCUUCGUUGUGGAUAGCUCUGAAAGUUUUAAAAUUUUUCUCUUUGACAAACCGAAAGAUUUUGUAGAUAGCUUGAGUGACAAGAUUUUUCAAUUGACCCCGGUUGGCUCCUUGAAAUAUGACAUCAAACUGGCAGCCCUUCAGUUUAGCAGCUCUGUCCAAAUUGAUCCACCUUUUUCUUCUUGGAAGGCUCUACAGACUUUUAAACAGAGGGUCAAGUCUAUGAAUUUCAUUAGGCAAGGUACUUUCUCUUAUUAUGCCAUCGCCAAUGUCACGAGGCUACUUAAGAGAGAAGGGUGCAAAGAUGGUGUGAAAGUGACCUUGCUGAUGACUGAUGGCAUUGACCAUCCAAAGAAUCCAGAUGUUCAAAGUAUUUCUGAAGACGUCAGAACUUCAGGAAUAUUAUUUAUCACCAUUGGACUCUCUACUCUAGUCAAUGAAACCAAACUUUGUUUGAUAUCUGGGAAUCCACCCAGUGAACCCAUUCUGCUGUUGAAUGAUUCAACCCUUGUAGAUAAAAUUUAGGAUCACCUGGAUAUCUUAUUUGAAAAGAAGUGUGAAUGCAAGAUUUGUGAAUGUGAGAAGGGGGGUCCAGGCGACCCAGGUCCUGCUGGUACACAUGGAAACCCAGGUAUCAAAGGUGAGUGAGGACCUAAAGGAAACCCAGGUGAUGCUCAAAAAGAGGAACCUGGAGAAAGAGGCCCAGGGGGAAUCCCUGGGUACAAGAGUCAGAAGGGUGAACGUGGAGAAUGCGGUAAACCAGGAAUAAAAGGUGACAAAGGAUCCCCAGCACCAAAUGGACCAAAGGGACCUGGAGGACUUCAGGGCAUUACUGGACCUCCAGGGGAUCCAGGCCCAAAGGGGUUUCAAGGCAGUAAGGGUGAACCUGGUCCUCCUGGUCCUUAUGGUCCUCCAGGAGCCCCUGGUAUUGGACAGCCAGGUAUUAAGGGAGAAAGAGGCCAGGAAGGAAGAACUGGGCCUCCAGGACUGACUGGUGUCGACUACAAGACUCUGUCCUACCAUACAAGCACAAUUUUUACCCAGAACAGUUACAGUGGUCCCCGUGCGCCUAAGGGAGCACCAGGAGAGAGGGGCUUACCAGGAGAAGGACCUCCAGGACCAAAGGGUGAAAAAGGUUCUGAAGGACCAGUUGGCCCACAAGGAUUAGAAGGCCUGUCAAUCGAAGGGGACAAGUGGGAUAUGGGACCUGUGGGACCCCAAGGACCACUGGGCAUCCCCGGAAUUUGGAGUGAAGGGGAACAGGGAAUCCAAGGUCCUAUUGGUCCACCUGGUCCACAAGGGCCCCCAGGACAAGGCUCACCAGGUCCCAAGGGAGAAGUAGGCCAGACAGGACCUACAGAUCCUAGAGGACCAGUGGACUUGGAGUACAAGGUCCAAAGGCUUUUCUCAGGGGGAUCUAGGCUCCCAGGACAGCCAGGAGUACCUAGAGAAGGAGCUACAGGGAAGAAGGGAGAAGCGGGGCUUCCAGAAGCAAGAGGCCCCGAAGGACCACCUGGAAAAGGACAACUGGCCUCAAGUGAUGAAGGAAAGAAAGGGAGCAAAGGAAAUCAAGGACAGAAGGGAUUUCCAGGGCAAGGACCAAAGGGUGAUCCAGGGAUUAUGAGCCCUUUUGGGAUGCCUGGAACAUCAAUUCCUGGACCACCUUGGCCAAAGGGAGAUAGAGGACCUGGGUUUUCUGGAUUUAAAGGAGAACCUGGAAUUGCUAUUCGAGCACCAAAGUUUCUUUUAAUCAAUAACUUGUCAUUCAUUGUGCCUUUUCAGGGAGAGCCUGGUGUCAGAGGCCCUGCAGGCCUCCCUGGGCCUCGGGGCAUAAGAACCCAAGGGCCAAGGGGUGAUACUGGGCAGAAAGGCUUGCCUGGCCCUCCUGGCCCCCCUGGCUAUGGAUUACAAGGAAUCAAAGGGGAGCAAGGACCUCAAGGCUUCCCAGGGCCAAAGGGCAUGACAGGCCAUGGCCUCCCUGGCAGGAAGGGAGAGCAUGGAGAACGGGGCGAUGUGGGAAAGAAAGGGGAUAAAGGAGAAAUUGGAGAUCCCGGACCCCAAGGAAAACGGGGGUUACAAGGAUCAAGAGGAGACUGACAACUGACAAAAGAAGAAAUCAUCAAGCUUAUUUUUGAAAUAUGUGGUUGUGGGUGUAAAUGCAGAGAGGCAUAGCUAGAGCUGCUGUUUGUGACUGACAGCUCAGAAAGCUUGGGACCGGAGAACUUCCUGAUUAUCAAAGACUUUGUGAAGACUCUGACUGACAGAGUUGCGCUGGACCUUGCCAUGGCCCGUGCAGGCGUAAUCAACUAUAGCCAUAAGGUACAGGAGGUGGAUCAUUUGACGCAGUUCUCCAGCAAGGACGACCUCAAGCGGGCCGUGGACAACAUGCAGUAUCUGGGAGAAGGCACCUACACAGACACAGCUCUCCAUGCCGCCGACCGCAUGUUCGAAGCCGCAAGGCUGGGUGUGAAGAAGGUGGCCUUGGUCAUCACUGAGGAGCAGACAGAUACACGAGAUGAAAAGAAUCUGACAGAGGUGGUGAAGGAUGCCAGUGACGUCGAUGUGGAAAUAUUUGUGAUUGGGGUGGUGAAGAGAAAUGACCCCAACUUCGAGAUGUUCCACAAAGAAAUGAAUCUAAUUGCUACUGACCCAGACAGUGAGCACGUUUAUCUAUCUGAUGACUUUGUUACCCUUCAAGAUACCCUGAAGCAAAAAUUGUUUUAAAAAAGUUGUGAGGAUUUUGAAUCCUACCUUCAUAUUUUGGGUUCACCACUGCUUCAACCUGGAUUUGGGAUAUCGGGGGAAGAACUCACUGAAUCCGCUCCAGAACCCCAGAAAGAAAUUUCUGAAUCGGUCAGUGUCUCUGGAGCCCAGGACUAAGUGAAUGAGCCUUCAGAGCCCACCUGGGCUGCCAGCCUUGCUGCCAUUCCAUCCUCUGAGGCUGCCACCACCCAGGGGCCAUUGCUCAGGUCCCCUGAGGAUCAGGCAGAGGGUCUGGAAACCAGAGCUCAAAGUCCCAUUUUGAACUCAGAGCGAGAAAAGUUCAUGCACGAAGGUAAGAGAAUUCUGCCCAUCAGCUGUUGUAUCUAUAAUAUCAAGAAGGCACAGAAAGGAUGGUCUCUAAAAUCUCAUCCAGAGAGAACAUGUUUUGACUCUAAACAGGGAGGACAAAAGACAUUUUUCAUUUUAUUAUAUAUAGAAUUAGAAAACUGGCUGGUUGUUGGAACAAAUUUGGUCAAUCAAAAAAUGUAAAGCUCUUACAGUAUUUAUUGUUAUUUUAAAAUUGGAAAGUCUUUAGAGAGGAUAUUGCUCUCAUGUUUGCAGUAGCUCUUACCACUCCCUAUUGUCUUACAUGAAGCCUUCACACAUGUAGACAUUUGAAUUUUUGACCCCUGGUUGGAAGAAAGAAAAAGAAGCUAGAAUCAAGAUUCCAAUUCAUCACCAUAUUU